AUGAAUCUCAUCCUGACCACCCUCCUAACAACCCUAACGGCAACAAACGCCCUAACCCCCACCACCGCAAACAGCACCACCGGCCAGAAAGUCCUCAACAAAGCCCUGACCGCAGCAGGAACGCCCUACGCCUGGGGCGGCGGAUCCUGCGAGGGUCCCACACACGAUCAGCCGCCCUACCAGUACGGCGAUAUCGGGUAUGACUGCUCGGGACUUGUCUGCUGGGCUGUGUGUCAGGUGACAGGCCGGGAUUUGUUCUCGGAGGGUCUGCGGGUGACGUCUGAUAUGUAUUGUGCCGAGGAGAAGGAGUUGAAGUAUAAGUAUGCUGCCUUUUAUUUUGUUUUCUUUGCUCUGGGUUGCGUGGCAUGGAAAUAUCCGUAUGAGCAGCGCAGAGCGGGCGAUGCUGUUUUCUUCGGUGGGGAGUGUGAUUGUGCGGAUAGGGAGAGUAUCCACCAUGUUGGGUUGAUGAUGGACGCGGGCGAUCGGAUGUGGAAUGCUCCUAAUGAUCGCGUGAAUAAGGUCCAGGAGAACAGCAUCGCCAAGUUUGGAGAGAAGCCUUGCCCUUAUGUUGUCCGCUUUACUUGA